AUGAUAACAGUGAAAGAGCGAUCGUUCCUCAAAUUGGAUCCACGCAGUAAUCUUUUUGCUGGUAUACGUCUUUACGAGCCGAUGUCAUCAACAAUGUUCCGGCGCAAAUUAUACGACCGCGGCAGCAGUCCUAUGGCUGUAAACCGAGCGAUGGUAAUUGCUAAACACAGUGAUAACGAGUCCAAGCAGAAUACGAGUAUCCAGUAUAGUCUACUGAGUCUGGGUAACAACUGUCCCCCUAAUCAGUACCCUCCAGAAGUAAAGGAUAUCUAUCUGACCCUUAUAGGAAAAUCUGAAGUACAAAUUCCUCUGACGAGAAGCGAUGAGUGUUUCGUUGCUGAAUCGUUGCUGCCACUAAGCAAACUGAAUAUCAUUAUGGACCAGUUGCCGACCUUAACAAUGAGAGUACUGCUUACAAUCCCCUCCUCGUACUUUCUACUUGACGAGCUUAUUGAUCUUAACUUGAAACAGCCACCAACAACACCGGCAGCUGAGAAGGUUUUAGCCACGAUCCUCGCAGGUGGAAAGCCACCAGGCUACGAUUGGGUGAUCACGGUGGCCGAUGGCUCGCCAAGAGAGUACUUCGUACACCGCAAAAUUUUGACAUAUUUCUACCUUCGUCAGUUCCAUUUUCCCAACUACGAUUCCAUUGCUCGUGUCGGUCGGACGCUGUGCAGCCUAUUGCCACAAGAGAAAAUUUCAACGUUUUUCGAAUAUUGGCAAGCGGAGAUCGUUCGCGACCUAUUGAAAUUGAAUAAAAAGGAGUACAAAUCUACUCUGCUUGUGUGUACCCGUCAUUUGAUUUCCAUCUUUUCUGCACCUUACGGGGCUAUGCCUGUGGCUAAAAGAGUUGCUGUGGCCACCAUGGCCGAUACAUGGCAAAUGGCGGAGGCCGCAGGCUUGGAUGUUCAAGAAGAGUUCAAAAAUGCUAAGGACCUCCCUAUGGGAAUGAUGGAGAAGAUUUUCUAUAGUGCUGGAAAGUUCCGUACAGUCGUGAGCGGAGUUAGAAAAACUGCUGUCUGA